AUGCCGAAAAUCUUAGAGAACACGUCUUAUCUAUUUGUUAAUGACUUAAUGGUAGGAUACCUACUAUCGCAUAAUCUCCGUCUCCUUGUGCCAUUGCUUCACCGGACAAUCCUUUCUACCGCCGUUACUUCUCCGAUGGAUUGGCAAGGACAAAAGUUAGCAGAGCAUCUGAUGCAGUUGAUGCUGGUAUCUUUUGCUGUGGUGGCAUUCAUCAUGGGGUACGUGUUGGGAUCAUUUCAGACAAUGCUGCUUAUAUAUGCAGCUGGUGUUGUCUUGACCUCUCUAAUUAUAAUUCCCAAUUGGCCCUUCUUUAAUCGCCACCCUCUAAACUGGUUGGACCCAAGCGAGGCUGAGAAGCAUCCCAAGCCGCUGGCUGCUAAAUCUGGUCCAAAGAAGAAGACUUCUAAGAAGAAGUUUAGUCUUUACGGUGCCUCAAUAUUUGCCCUUUUGCUUUCAUUUUUCCCAAGAUUCCGGCUGAUUUUCGGGAUUAUUUAG